AUUCGAGAUGUGGCGUCUGCAUUUGUUUCUACUGCUCUCCACGUGCUUCCUUAUACCGCACGAUGCCAAGCCCAUGACCAGAUCGAGGACAACCACCAAUGGAUUACCGCCAACCACAACCUUAGCCUCGCUGCUCCUCGAAACGGAAUCCACCACGGAUGGGCCAACAAGUACUUCGCCCAGAACACCAUCAUCACGUUUCACUCAUAUCGGACGUUUGGCUGCCAAGGAUCUGGCCGAUUUGCUUUUGGCCAGCAUGCAGGCACGCGGUGCCAAGCUCUCACCCUUCCAGGAGUCCACCAUGAAAAUGCUGCGCAGUCAGGUGCCCAAGGAUGCCAAGGGCAACAAUAUGUUCCUUCAGCUGGGCAUGGAUGUGAUUAUUGAUAUUCUGAUUGGUGCACGCAAUGAGGGCACCUGCAGUGGCAUUGUCCGUGAUAUUGAGCAGUCGCAGGAUCGUAAUAGUCUCACCCUAACGCUUCGUUCCUUCCUGGCCCUGUUGUCCUUCAAUGGCAUCGAGUGCUCUCAGGAUGAGGUGAGCCAGGCCAUCAAGAGCUCUCUGCUUCGCCAGCGACAGCAACCAGUCAAGACCAACGAUGGUGAUCAGCAGCAGCAGCAGCAGCAGGCCGAGGGUUCAGGCAUCCGUUCAGCCCGCAAAGUGGACUCAUCCCUCAAGGACGAUCGCGAGUCGGUUUUGCAGUUUCUGCAAGCCCGCAGCCUGGCCGAGCACAGUGCCAUUCUCAAUACUCUGCUGCAGGUGUGCGGAGCCUCUGGCGGAGAGGCCCACAAAAUUAUUCGAAAUUUGCAAGAGAUGGGUCCUGAGACUGCCACUACCCUGCAGGUGAAUGCCUUUAGCAUGCUUUCUGUGGCUUUGCUGGACAGUCUUUCCUCUAUUGCCGAUGGCAAUACGAGUGGCUUGUGCUCUGCCAGCCCUGACACCUGGAUUGUUCGCCUUCUGGCCAUGAAAGUGGGCAAGGUGGUGCUUUUGGGUUUGAUGACUGCCCUUGAUCGCACUCUGGUCAGUCCCACGUCUGCGGAAACGGCCAAUGCGGUGGCCUUGAAUAAUGUCAAUGGUGGGGAUAUCACUGAUUUUAAAACUCCCUUGGGCUCGAAGGCAUCUGUGACAGCAAAGCGAGCCAGUAGCAAUCCUGUGGAUAUUGUGACCAAUUCUGUGAGCAGUGUUCAAAAUGUGGAUUCUGGCACUAAUUUAGAUGGUACCUUGAACCAAGCUUCUGAUGUGGCUAAUGUUCUGAUCCCUAUAAAUUUGGUUGCCGAUGUGAUAGGCGAUGAUACCAGUGGUGGCACCAUUCAGAACAUAAAAUCAGGCACAAAUUUAAAAGGUGUUGGCAACUCUGCUGGCACUCUGGCCAAGGCUUUUGUGCCCCUCAAUGCCGAUGCCAAUGUCUUGACUAAGGUUUCUGAUGCUGGAAGUACCAGUCAGAAUGUUUUAUCGGAAACGAAUUUAUCGGGUGUUGGCAACACUGUCAAUGAUGGCGUUGUGGCUUUGGUGCCCGUCAAUGCAGGUGUUAAUGCUAUAAGCGGUGUUACAGGAGACCAAGGCACUAGUCAGAAUGUUCAAUCUGGCACAAAUAUCGUUGGCUCUGGCAACACUUCCAAUGGACUUGUUAGGGCUUUGGUACCUGCCAAUGCCAAUGUCGAUGCCAUCAGUAAUGUUUCUGGAAACGGCACUGGCACCAAUCAGAAUGUUCAAGGCGGAACAAGCAUAAUUGGUGAUGAAAAUAACACCUUUGACUUGGUCAAGGCUUUUGUUCCGGCUAAUGCUGAUGUCAUUGCUUUGAGUAAUGUUCAAGGUGCCGGCGAUAACAUACAGAAUGUUCAAUCUGGAACGCUUAUCAAGGGCAACAAAAAUAAAAAAACAGAGGUGGUGAGUGCCUUGCUACCUGUUGGGGCGGCAGUUGGUGCCUUGUCAAACAUCGAUAGGGGAAGCUCCUCGUCUUCUGGUUCUUCGGGUUCUUCUGGCUCCUCUGGCUCUUCUUCAGGCUCUUCUUCAGGCUCUUCUUCAGGCUCUUCUUCAGGUUCUUCUUCCGGCUCUAGUGGUUCCACUGGAUCUGGAUCUGGAGAUCUUCUUGCCGGCAACAAGAACACCUUGACCGAGUUGAUUAGUUUAAAUGCACCCAUUGCCAUUGUGGUGUCUCUUUUGAGUACCAUUAUAGGAGGUGGUUUCGGUAACAAUAUGAACAUUCGCGAGGGCGUCAUCAUGAAUGGCACUAGCAAUAGUGUUAUUAAAGGAGUGACAGUCACCCCUACCAUAAGUCUUCUUGUCUCGAUUCUGUCCACUGUGAACCCAGGCGGCGCUAAUGGAACAAGUUCAGGUUUGCUUGGAGGACUGCUGGGAGGUCUCGGUCUCGGUCUCCUAGGUAGUGGUAAUUCCGGCCUGCUUGGAGGUCUUGUAGGAGGAAAUGUGCUGGGAGGAGGAUCUAGUUCCAGUGGAACCUCAGGAGGUCUACUAGGAGGAGGAGGUCUACUAGGAGGAGGUCUACUGGGAGGUGGAGGUCUACUAGGAGGAGGAGGAUCCAAAUCCACUUCCGGUGGUAAUCCCGGCUUGCUUGGAGGUCUGCUGGGAGGAACAGGACUGGGCGGUGUCCUGGGUGGUGUGGUCACAACGGUGGAGGGACUUCUUAGUGCCCUUCUUGGCGGUGUCCUUGGCACUGGCCUUGGCAGUCUCCUUAGCGCUGUUCUCGGCGGCGUUCUUCCACCAGUUAUCAGCACCGUGGAACAGCUGCUGGUUCACCUGAUAAGUCUUUUGGCUGGCGGCACUGGCCUCACCUCUGGCAGCACCUGUACCAGCAAUUCAACCAAUUCGACCGCCUCGAGCAGCUUAUCUGGACCCGGCGGCACCACCAGCUCCACUGGCAUUGGCAAUUCGCUGAACAAAACCGCCGACACGACCAUCAUUGGCAACGAAAACACUGUCGUCAAGCUGGUUAGCGUGGACGGUACGGUCUUGUGCUCGCUCUUCCUCCUGGACAGCAUCCUGGGAACGGGAUUCAUUGGUAACUCGGCCAACGUGGGUCCUAAGCAGAUCAUUGUGGGCAACAAUAAUAAGAUUGUGAGGCUGGUGAAUUUGGACAUUGUGGCGCUGCUUUUCCUCAGUGUGGGCAGUGUCAUCCGAGGCAGCGGCGGCGUCUGCAACCAGAUCAAUGUUGAUCCCGAAACCGAGAUUGUUGGCAAUUGUAAUAGCGUCUUUGAGCUGAUCGACAUUGACUUGAAUCUGCUGCUAGAUGUGGCUGUGCUGAGCCAGCUGAUUGGCUCGGUGGCCAAUGAUUGCAGUGCAACCACCACGACUACCACUACAACCACCACCACCACCACCACAACAACUCAGCCUCCUACACCUCAGCCACCAACUCCUCAGCCUCCAACGGUCCAGCCACCAACCGUUCAACCGCCCACCUAUGAGCCUCCCACCAAUCGGCCUCCUACCGUACAGCCUCCCACCGUACAGCCUCCCACCCAGCAACCUCCCACCAUUCGGCCACCCACCAUUCGUCCUCCCUCGCCCAAUCCCAACAAUUGCUAUCGCCGCUACUGCCGCAAGUGGCGUACCCGACCCAGCUAUCUCUGCUACAAGAACUGUGGCGGCAACUUCACCUACAAGCCCUAGGGGGUAAUGGAUCAGGAUCAGCUCCGUGGGAGGAAGCAGCAGCGGAAAAAGAGGCUCCUCGUUAGCCACUUCAUCUUGUUAAGUGUGGCCAUGUCGGCCACUCUGCCAUUGGGGAUUUAUUUAUUUUGUUUACUUGCUAAGUGAAAAUUGUUUAAUUUAUUGACAAAAGAAUAUAAAAUAAUUAAUGAAAGCAUUAA